GCACUGCCAAAACAAAGCGCAAUGCAACAAUAAUUUGAUUGUGUUAAGCUGAUGCCACGACAACUUGAUAAUGAAUAAUCGCGUGCGCAUUGUCGUUGUUGGUGAUUCGGGUGUGGGCAAAACAUGCUUAACGCAUUUAAUUGCACACAAUGAGUCGUUGAUACGACCGGGCUGGACAGUUGGCUGCAACAUACAGGUCAAAAUUCACGAGUUCAAGGAGGGCACUGCUCGUCAGUGCCCCUAUUUUAUUGAGUUGUUUGACAUCGGUGGCUCACUCAGUCACAAAAAUACGCGCAGCGUCUUCUACAGUGGCAUACACGGCGUUAUAUUGGUACACGAUCUGACGAAUGGCAAAUCGCAGGAGCAGCUGCUCGACUGGCUAUACGAGAUUGUCAACAAAGAGGGCAAGGAUACGUACAAAUGUCGCAGUGCCUCGUUGCCGCCAUCGCCAUCGCCCGUCUACGGCACCGAUGCCCAUAUGCGUUUCGAUUUGGAGGAGUUUUUAGGCUCCACACAAAUACCAAUACUGGUAAUGGGCACCAAGCUGGAUCUGAUCGAUGAGAAGCGUCAACCCAAAACAGCUGUAAAGAAAGCUGGCGGUAUAGCGGACAAAUGCGGAGCCGAAGAAAUUUGGCUCAACUGUCGGGACACACGCAGUUUGGCUGCCGGCACUACCGAUGCGGUCAAGUUGUCGCGCUUUUUCGACUGUGUCAUCGAGAAGCGCGAAAGCAACGGUUGUUCUGGCGCGCAUAUGGUCGGCCCCAAUGCCACCGACAGACGCCGAGCCGCUAACUCACAGCCCACCAGCCCAGAGUUUCCGAUGUAUGCAGGCAAAACGUCAGCAGACGUCAACAGUUUUGUACCGCUGCUGGAAACUAGCGACCUAAAAUAAACCACCAAUAAUUAAGGUUUAAAAGUUAAAAUUUAAGUAAAUAUAUAUUACAACUUAUAUACUUUUACACUAAAAA